AUUGAUUAGCCUUUGUAUUCCUGGCAGAGAUAAGGAAGAAACAGAAGAGAGAGCUCUCCUGCUAACAUCGUCGUUGGUUUACUUCCCGCAAAACUUUCUCUGUGAUUUUCCCUUUAUAAAAAGAAGCCAAACAAGACAUAGAUUUUAAAAAUUUUAAAUAUAUAUAUAUAUCGUAAGGGUUUCGUGGAGAGAGCCUUUGUUUUCAACCCUAAAAAUUCACACAAUUCCUUCUCUUCACGUAAUCGCUUUUGGUUUUGUUCGCUCGCGGAUUCCGGGUUUUCUUCUUCUCCUUCUUCCCUAUUCCAAGCUCCUUUUUCCUGUUAUAUUCUUUUGGGGGUGGAGGGUUAAAUUGUGUUUUUUGUUUGUCAAGCAAAAAGGGGAUAUUUGGGGGUUAUCUGAAGAGUUCGAAUUUGCCUUUUUUGGGUCUAUUAAUUUAUUGUAUUCGGUGGUUGGCUGACGAGAAUCAGGGUUUUUGGUGGCAUUUUAAUUGGUGGAUCUAUUGAAAAUUCGGUCUUUUCAGUGAAAUUUUAUGGUGGCUCUGUUUCGAUUUAGGGAUUCCGGGAAGGAUUUCACGUUAAAUUUGGGAACUUUAUUGGUUCAUUAUAUCCAGGAAACCUUCGCUGCUUAUAUUUGGUGAAAAUUUAGGAUUUUAUUAUUAAGGGCUGAGAUAUUGGUAAAUUAUCCCCAUUUCUGUGCGGGUUAGUUUGCCAAAACAUUGAUUUUUUUGGGUUUGCAUUGUGGUCUCUUGGGAGCUGAAGAAAAGAUGAGUUCAAGUAUCACAAGUGAUCUGAUUCCUGAAGGUAAGCUUUUGGUUCAUAUUGCUGAGAACGGACAUUCGUUUGAGCUCGAUUGCAAUGAGACAACAUUGGUGGAGGCAGUUAUGCAAUCGAUUGAACUUGUUUCUGGAGUUCACUUCAACGAUCAGCUUGUUCUAUGUGCAGAUUUGAAACUCGAGCCGCAAAGGCCACUUUCUGCAUAUAAGCUUCCUUCCAGCGACCGGGAAGUCUUCAUAUUUAACAAGUCAAGGUUGCAAACUAAUUCCCCACCACCACCACCUGAGGACGUUGAUAUAGUUGAAAUUUCUGAACCCCAGCCGCCGGCUUCUUAUAGUGAUCCUCAUCCUUUGGAUGAUGCUCUUGACCCGGCUUUGAAGGCUUUACCUUCUUAUGAGAGGCAAUUUAGGUACCAUUAUCACAGAGGACAAGCUCUAUAUAGUCGAACACUGGCAGAGUUCGAUCAUUGUGAAAGGCUGUUGAGGGAGCAGAAGGUUCAGGAGAGGGCAUUGGAUGUUGCAAGGGGUAAUUUAGAUCAAUAUUAUAGGAUGAUUCAGCAAAAUUGUUCGGAAUUUAUGAAGCGGUAUAAGCAACAACAUCGUUAUCAUGCUGAUUUGUUGGCAAACUUCGAUAAGGAUAUGCAGAAGUUGAGAUCCACCAAGCUUCACCCGAAAUUACAGACUGCUACGAGGAAGUACUUAUCGGAUUUUGUAAAGGAAGAUAACUUAAGGAAGUCAGCAGAAAAUUGUAACAGCUCUCACAGGCAGUUUGAGAACAAAGUUGUGCAACUCAAUCAGAUGUUUGGUGAGGUGAAGCGGAAGGUAGAGGAGUUGUUCACUUCAAGGGCUUCCAUGCCUAUUAAGAAUUUAGAACUAACUAUCAAAGAGCAUCAGCGGUACCUGAAUGAACAGAAGAGCAUUAUGCAGUUUUUAAGUAAAGAUGUCAAUACAGUGAAGAAACUUGUGGAUGAUUGUCUGUCCUCUCAAUUAUCUUCCUCCCUUCGUCCUCAUGAUGCAGUUUCAGAGCUGGGUCCUAUGUAUGACGACCAUGACAAAAAUCAUCUGCCAAGGAUGUUGGCUUGUGAACAUGCAAUAUCAAAGCUGCUUGACUUUUGCAAGGAUAAGAAGAAUGAAAUGAACAUGUUUGUUCACACGUACAUGCAAAAGACUACAUAUGUUACAUACCACAUAAAGGAUGUCAAACUGCAGUUUCCUGUUUUCAAAGAGGCAAUGGUGCGCCAGGAGGAUCUAUUUAUGGACCUGAAGUUAGUCCGUGGAAUUGGUCCUGCAUAUAGAGCAUGUCUUGCUGAAAUAAUAAGAAGAAAGGCGUCUAUGAAGCUUUACAUGGGCAUGGCUGGCCAGCUGGCUGAAAGGCUUGCAACAAAGAGAGAAGCUGAGGUCAGGAGACGAGAGGAAUUUCUGAAAGCACAUGGUUUGUACAUACCCAAGGAUAUAUUGGCUUCCAUGGGGUUAUAUGAUACCCCUAACCAGUGUGAUGUCAAUAUAGCUCCUUUUGACACUGCAUUGCUCGAUAUUGAUAUUCCUGAACUGGACCAUUAUGCUCCUGAGUAUUUAGUAGGACUGCCUAGCAAACCUGCUAGCUUAAGAGGUUCAAGUUCCUUAUCAAAUGAGAGCUCUCAUUCUGCUGAUACUGAAGAGAUUGGUGUAGAUACUCUUGGGAAAGAUGAUUCCAAGGACUUCCUUGAGGGAUCUGAAUUGGUUGAGAUUGCUGGAACUAGCAAGAUUGAAGUCGAGAACGCAAAACUAAAAGCUGAACUUGCCACUGCAAUUGCCCUGAUUUGUUCUCUGGGUCCUGAAUUUGAAUAUGAAUCACUUGAUGAUAGUAAAGUCAAUACUUUAUUGAAAAAUGCUGCAGAAAAGACUGCUGAAGCCUUGCAUUUGAAAGAUGAGUACGAAAAACAUCUCCAACAAAUGCUUAAGGAAAAACAAAUGCAGUGUGUUUCAUAUGAAAAGCGCAUUCAGGAACUUGAGCAGAGAUUGUCCGAUCGGUAUUCACAGGGGCCAAAGCUUUCUAUAACUAAUAAUGCCACUGGCUUUGGCCUUCAGGGUGUGAAGGAUGAUGAUUGCAAGCCCGAUAUCUCAGGUUGUGGGGUGAAUGUACCUCGUGUAGCUACAUCUGAGCCCAUGGAUGAGGUUUCUUGCAUUUCAAUUUCUUUGGAUGCAAAGCUGGGACAGUCUGGAAGACAGACAAGCAAAGGUCGAGAAGGGGUUGAUGAGAAUAUGAUGGAGUCAUCUGGAAUGCUCAACCCUCAUUUGGAUUCAUCGAUGCAAGAGCCACAACAAGAAGAUCUGCAAAUUGGAGUGAAAGAUGGAAAAGAUAGGAUGGUGGGACAGUCUGGCAUGUCUCUCACUAACAGUUCUACUGCUGAAAGCAUGCCUGAGCCUUUGAAUGCUUUACCUUGUGGGACAGCAGCUGAGCUAGGGUUAGUUUCAAAAGUUGGUGGGGAUCUUGUGUUGGAGUUGCAAAGUGCUCUUGCAGAUAAGCUGAACCAAUUAAGUGAAACUGAAGCAAAGCUUAAGGAUGCUUUGGAUGAGAUUUCCAUGCUUAGGAGUGAGAUGGAAACAAAUCAUAAACUUCUUGACGAAUCUCAGAUGAACUGUGCUCACUUGGAGAAUUGUUUGCAUGAAGCAAGAGAGGAAGCCCAAAGCCAUCGUUGUGCUGCUGAUCGCAGGGCCUCAGAAUAUAGUUCCCUCCGUGCAUCGGCUGUUACGAUGCGUGGUCUUUUUGAAAGGCUACGAAACUGUGUCUACGCUCCUGGUGGGAUGGCCGGUUUUGCUGAUUCUUUGCGUACUUUGUCUCAAUCUUUAGCCAAUUCCCUUAAUGAUAGUGAAGAUGAUGGCUCUGCUGAGUUCCGCAAAUGUACCCAGGUCCUUGCUGAAAAAGUUGGUUUCUUGUCUAAGCAUCGUGAAGAGCUGCAUGAGAAGUUCACUAAUGUUGAAGGUGUAAAUGAACAGCUUAGGAAGGAAAUGGAAGAGAAAAAUGAGCUGGUUAAAACUCUGUUCACUAAGCAUCAACUUGAGAAGCAGUCAAACAAGGAAAAAAUAUCUUUCAGCCGCCUGCAAGUCCAUGAGAUUGCUGCAUUUGUACUAAAUUCAUCUGGGCAUUACGAAGCCAUCACCCGAAACUGCUCCAACUACUACUUGUCUACUGAAUCCGUGGCCUUGUUUACUGAUCAUCUCCCCAGCCAGCCAAGCUACAUUGUCGGGCAGAUUGUGCACAUUGAGCAUCAAACAGUGAAGCCACUGCUGCCUUCAUCAAGUAGACCUGAUCGUGGCAGGGCAGAUCCUGCGGAACAACUAACCUCUAACACAGGGACAGAGCGGUUAACCCUGAAUUCAGGAUCAAGUUUGAACCCCUAUGGUCUCCCAACUGGAUGUGAAUACUUCGUAGUGACAGUAGCCAUGUUACCUGAUACCGCCAUUCAUUCACCACCUCCUUCCUGAUCCCUGCCCUGAAAGCGCAGAUUCCGACAUGAUGGAAGAAACCAAAGUGUACAUACAUUAUAAAAUAUUCAGAAUAUAAACGCUAUCGUGGUGGCAGUUGAACUAGAUUUUCUUAUUGUACAGCCAACUUUAAUCUCCUUUGUUCAUAAAGCUACUCUUUCCAGGAUUGUAAAAAGAAGUGGGACAAUUCUGUAAAUAUUUCCAAGAUUUGCCCUUUAUGUUUACUCAUUUCGUUCAUCU